AUGGUUCCCCCUUCACAUAUUGGUUGGUUUGAAAAACAAUUGGACGAUAUGAACAUUGAGAAGGAUAUUUAUAUAAAUGAUGUUUAUGAAUAUUUAAAGGAGCAUGACACUCGACAAUCACUUAGAAACGACGUGGACGACGUAUUCAGUUUCGACGGCUAUUAUAGAUUUGAUCAAGUUUUGAAUUACAUGAAAUCAUUAAACUGGACUUCUAUACCAGGUGUUGAUGUGGAAUUCGUUGAAGCUGGUUACACAGAUGAGAACAGAACUCUGGCAUAUUUGAGAAUAAAUUCCAAAACAAGUGAAGAAGGAACAGAAAAACCGAUAGUAAUUAUUGAAGCUGGGGUGAAUCCUAGGGAGUGGGUAACAAUACCGACUGCUCUUAAUAUCGCAAAUAAACUUAUCGAAGGAAAUCAAACGAGAUUGGUUCAAACUUUGGAAUGGAUUAUUGUACCUGUUCUCAAUCCAGAUGGUUAUGAAUUUACACAUAACACUAAUCGACUUUGGACGAAAUCAAGAAGCACCAGAAGUAACUUAGGUUUCAUUUGUCCAGGAGUCAAUAUUAACAGAAACUUUGACAUCGACUGGAUGUUUUCUGACUCUAGCACUAGUCCGUGUAGUCACCUGUAUGGUGGGAUUGAAAGUUUUUCAGAACCGGAGUCCCAAGUCAUAAGAAAACUGAUCGAAGAACAUGGUAAUCGAAUCAAACUAUACAUUUCCCUUCAAAAUAACGGAGGAUUUGUAUCUUAUCCCUGGCAAUACGAGAACGCUGCGAGUGGAAUGUUCAGACAACACCAUUUAUUGGGUUUAGAAAUGAUUUCGGCCAUAGCAGAUAAUUACACAUUAGAUAUAGGCUCCUUAGCGUUAGGAGAUAGAGCUUCUGGUACUAGCAGUGAUUAUGUUAUGAGUAGAAAUGUUUUGUACACAUUCAAUAUUGAUAUAAAACAAAGCGGAGGCGGUGUUCUUAUACCUGAGGCUGAAAUAAGACCAAUUUCUGAAAGGGUAUGGAGAGCAGUCGCAGUAGCCGCUGGAAAUAUGAUAAAUUGA